AUGUCAGCCAUGGAUAUUGAUUCAGACGUCUCCACAGUCUUGGCCACGAUAAGACUGGAGCUCGACCAAUCUGAACUCGUUAGCAUCUUUUACCGUUUGGAAGAUUACUAUGAACGUAAAUUAUGGCACCAACUCACACAAGUGCUAGACGAAUUGUACUUUGAAAACCCUGAAUUUAUCACAUUUGAAUUAAAGAACAAAGUCUACUCGUUAUUUAUUAGCCAAUUCCAAACUAAACUCAACCCUAUAAAGAUUAUCGAUUUCCUUUUGGAGAGUUAUGAACCCAACGAGAUUUUGACUAGAUUACAGGACUUGAGAGCGCAGUUUGUUAACAGUUUGCAAAAAGAGCACAACUUUAAAGAUGCACAGGAUCCAGAGUUUUUGAAAAUUGUUCAAGACGACGAGGCAUUGAUAUAUGUCGAUUUACAAAUUGCUCGAUAUGAUUUGAUUUUGAAAAAAAUUGAUGAGGCUGAACAAAUCUUGAAACAAUUGGAAAAGGCAAAGUUUCAAGAAUUGAACAAUGACUUGAACCCCAGAAUCAAUGCCGCAUACUACUUGGCCAAAUGCGAGUUGUACAAGCUCCAGGAGAAUUAUAAUGAAUUUUACAAGAAUGGUUUAUUGUAUCUCUCGUCAACUACAUCGUUAAAUGACAAGGAAGAGAAGGUGAAAUUGUGCUACGAAUUGUGCAUUGCCGCCUUGUUAGGUGACUCUGUAUACAAUUUUGGUGAAUUGAUCUUGCAUGAUAUACUCAAAGUUAUUGCAACACCCGACCUGCAAUAUAAUUGGUUGUAUCAUCUUGUGCAGAACUUGAACUCGGGGAAUUUGCAGGAAUUCAACAAAUGGCUUACAGUGGCAUUUGAAAAGUCGCCUUUUUUGAAACACCAAGAACAAUUUUUGAACCAAAAGAUUAGAAUCAUGGCCUUGCUUGAGUUGAUCUCAGUAAAGUCAUCAUCGAGUGCAAUGGACAAAACAUUGACAUUUGAUGAGAUUUGCAAAUUCACAGGCACGAAUAAAAAGGAUGUCGAGUUAUUGAUGAUCAAAUGUUUCUCAUUGAAAUUGAUUAGGGGAUACAUAGACCAAGUAGAGGAAACCUUAACGGUGACCUGGUUGCAACCUAGAAUUUUGAACUUGGACCAAGUAAAGACAUUAUACAACCAUUUGACGCAAUGGGACAAGAGAGUCGAUCUGUUGGCCAAGACCGUUUAUGAAAGUGGUGGCACCAUUUGGGCAGGCGUGUAA